CGUCCUGUAGUACACAGAACAGCCCCACACACUUAUUGUACCUGAAAUGUCAUUGCCAAGGUUGAGAAACUUUAAGAGGAGUGUCACAAUGUGGGGCACAAAGGAAGAAAACAGGCUUUGAUACUUGAGGCUAUUCACAGUUUUACAGAGUCUGUCUGCCCCAUUAUCUCACAUAUAGUGUGUCUUACAGAAAGAAUUAUACAUUUUGAUUAGUCCACAAAAAAUAGUAAUUUCCCUUAGAAGGUCCUUGUUAUUAGGAAAUACAUGUUGAAGAUGAAAUGUUGUAUCUACAUUUUACUUUCAAGUAUUUCAGUAACAGAAAACUAUGUGUGUAUAUAGACAAAGAUAAGCAAAUGUGGCCAAAUGUUAACAGUUAGUGAAUCUAGGUGAUUUGAGUAUUAAUUUAAACUAUCCUAUAGGUUUGAAGUUUUUCAAAAUAAUAAUUGGGGUAGGGCAAAGUGUUACCUUCCUUGCCAGUGUUCAGAGAGUAUAUGUGGCAGGAGGUCCUUAGGUACUAAUGAGGGGAAGUACUGAGCCAGAACAGUAAGUGCCUGUGUCAGUUAAGAUUUGUAAUGCCUAUAGUCUUAUGAUCUUUAUUUCUCUUUAAGCUGAAUUGACUUGAUUUUUCACUACUUCUGGGCAAUAUUUUUUUCUUUUAAAAACAUGCAGUUAUUUAACAGUGGGUAUCCUCGGGGAGUGUGUGAGGGAACUAAGAUUAUGGAAGAUUUUUAUUUCUUUUUUGUACAUUUUCUAAAUGUUUUGUAAUAAAUAUAAACUUUAUAAACAAAUUUUUUAAAAUAAAAGCUUCUUUGCUCUUACACAAAAGGGAAGAUUUUUGUUGAAACUGUUUAAUUUUACAUAGCUAGUCAUUUUUGCUGCAUCAAACCUAAUUGGAUUUAUUAGCACAGAAAAACGAUAGUGAUUCUGGCUUGCCUGCAUCUCCUCAGCAAAGAAUGAGGAAGAAAACAGAUCCUUUAUGCCAUUGAGAGGGAGAAAUAGAUGAUUUGUUCAUCAUCUUAUCCCCUCUACACUUCACAGUCUACUAAGAGGAACAUGUCAGUAGUAUAGUUUGUCAAGUAAGUGAAUCUUAUAAUGUUUUCAUUGUGUGACUCACUAAAGCAUAAAUCUCAGUGGGGUCACACAUUUAAAUGGAGACUGCUGCAUGUUUCUCUUAAAAUAUUUUUCUAAUUUCAUAUUCUUAUUAGUGUGAUUGAAAUCUGAAACUGAUUUCAAUAAAAAGACUAUCUUUGUUCACGUGAGUCACUCGAGACAUGGUUACUAUUUACACAUUUCUUAUGAAAGUUGAAAUUCUUUAGCUGUUUGGUUACUUUUCCAAUUUACAAGAAAUUGUUAAUGGUUACAGGCACAAAAGCACUAUAGAUUAAAAUACUCUGUUGGUUUGGAUGGCAAAUUAGAAAUAUGACACAAAAUAAUUACCAGCAUGUGAGAGGGGUUGCAUAUAGUUUUGCAUAUGUUAUGGGUGAGAUGAUUUAUGAGAGCUCAUUUUUCUAACCUAUACCAUGCUGUUUUUCCAAAAUUUUAUUUUGGUUUGUGAUCUCAGCAGGGAAUCACCAUAAUUAAACAAGUCCUUUGGCACCUGAAGAGAUUCUUUUGUGAUUACUUUGCAUCAGAGUAAAAAGGCAUGUGAGAAAAGUGCGAAAUAGAAAUUCAGCUGUGGCCAGGAGCAGGUACAGGAGGUGGGGAGAACACAUAGCUCUUCCCUUCCCUCAUAACAAAACUGGUGGUUUAUAUCAGUUAACUGAAUAAACCAAGAUCAUUUUAGGGGCCAAAAGUUUUUCUGGUAAUUACUCAAUUGAGUCAGCAUUGGUGAUGCUGUAAUCAUGGCCCAGUCAUAAACCAGAUGAAGUUGGAUGCCAGCAGGAACUGCUGUGAAGUCAAAUGCGAAGCAGCAGUUGAACAGACAGGUUGUAAAAUUACUUGUUACUGUCAUAGUAUUUUCCAGAUUUGUAGUCUCAAGGUGAAGCAUUUUACUUAGUCAUUAUAGCUUUUACUUUUGGUAUGGUUCAUUUCAAACUGCAGUCACUAAAAUUCCCAGUGACUUAACUGUCCAAACUCCAGAGGACACUUUUUGUCUUUACCCUGAUUGAUUGCAGUUUUCUGUUAGCUUAUAUGAUGAUGCACAUUCUUUCGGUUCAGCCACAUCUGGCCCACAACUUCCUCCCUAAUUACUUCAUUAUCUCCCCUUUUGCAUUCCUCUUAAAUACUAAUCAUUAGAAUUUGAUAUCAGCCCUUUAUUUUACUCAUUCUUCCUAGGCAGUUUCAUCAAUUACCACCUGUUUGCUAAUGGCUGUUAAAUCUAACUACAGCCUAAAUUUCUUAUAAACUCCGUUCACACUUCAGCUGCCUAUUGACUUUCUCUACUUGAACGUCCCUAAUAGUAUCAUCUCCCUUCUACUGAUUUUCAUCUCUUCCUGUGUUUUCAAUCUUGGGUAAUAGUAUCUCCUUUUCCUUAGGCACCCAAACCAGAAUCUUGGGAUAUAGCCUCACCUUUCAUAUCCAAGCACUUAUUUACUAAAUCCUAUCAGUUCUUUCUCUCACAUACUUGGUGUCAGUCCUUCCAAACUUUAACACUACUAAAGUUUUAGAAGAAAAUUAAGUAUACCAAAAGUGAGAAAUUGUUGCCACGAGGAAAGCACAUGAUUGACCCAAAGCCAGCCUCACAGUUAAGGUCUAGGACUUAACUUUUCAGGUCUUGACACUGACCUUCCCAUUAGUUCACUGAGAGAUGAUCAGAUUCUCAUUGGAUGACACUGUGUAAAUUCACAGAAGAUAAGUGUAUAAAACCAGAAUGUCAGUUCAUUUAUCUUUAAUGAGUGUUAGGUUAUUAGAGUUAAAUCUGAAAGAAGGAUGAGGUUCAUUAGAUUUGAAAGCUUGUGACUCCUAUGUAGGAACCUCCUCCUUGGUAUGUCAGGCAUCUAAAAAACUAAAUCUGAACAGGGUUUAGUUCGGUCACUGAGAAUUUGAUGAUGACAGUGGGAGGUGGAUGUUUUAGACAAUGAGCUCAUUCAGGUAGAAUGUGACUAGAAUGAUUUAUAUCUUCCAAUGGUUGAACUUUUCUCCCCCUGGACAUUGUUACAUUGCCAAAAUUUCUCUUAACCCAGUAUUCCUAUAGUAGCCAGUUGAUGCAUUGUUUUAAGUAUUGAUUUUAUUUAUUAAGCUUCAAUUUUAGGGCUCUUCUCAGUUAUUAGAAACAUUGUUUUCCUUGAAGGAUUUAAUUAGUUCAACUCAGAGGGCAGUCUUUUUUUUUUUAGAUAUAAUUGACAUAUAGAUUAUAUUAUAUUUAACGUGUACAGCAAGAAUUCAAUAUUUGUGUAUUCUGUGAAAUAAUCACCACAGUGAGUCUAGUUAACAGCAAUCACAGUUUGUAAUAUUACAAACCUUUUUUUCUUGUGAUGAGAACCCUGAGGAUCUACUCUCAGCAACAUUCAAAUAUACAAUAUAAUAGUCACCAUGCUAUACAUAACCUCCCCUAUACUUACUUACCUUAUGACUGGAAGUUUGGUGCCUUUUGACAACCCUUCACCCCUGGCUUCUGGCUACUCCAGUAUGUUCUCUGUAUCUAGGAGUCCAGUUUUUGGUUUUUGGCUUUUUCAAACUUUAUACAUAUGAGAUCAUAAAGUACUUGUUUUUCUCUGACUUAUUCACUUAGCAUAAUGCUCUCAAGGUCCAUCCAUGUUCUCCAGUAGCAAGAUUUCUUUUUUCAUGGCUGAGUAAUAUUCUGUUGUGUACAUAUAACACAUUUCUAUAUCCAUUCAUCCAUUGAUGGAUACUUAGGUUGCUUCCAUGUCUUAACUAUUGUAAAUAAUACUGCAGUGAGCCUGGGGGUGCAGGUGUCUUUUGAGUUAGUAUUUUUGUUUACUUCAGAUAAACACCCAAAAGUGGAAUUGCUGGAUCAUAUGGUAGUUCUAUUUUUAAUUUUUUGAGGAACCCCCAUACUGUUUAUUUCAUAGUGACUAUACCAUUGACAUUCCUGGCCGGUGACCUGGGAGCCAAGGCCUGAAAACUCCAUCUUUUUAAAGUGGCCAGGGCCUGAGAAUCCCAAUGGAUUGAUACUAAUGAAUGAAAUAAAAUAUGAAUCACAAGUUGAGGAUCAGCGGGAAUUUGUGUCCAGACAGGAGUACAGGAAGUAUGGAGGGGCCAAGCUUACCAGCUCAACCCAGGGAACUAUACGGCCCGGAUCCAGGCCACCUCUCUCUCUGGGAAUGGGUCAUGGACAGAUCCCGUGUUCCACUACGUCCCGGCCAAAAUAACAUAUGAAAAUUUCAUCCAUCUGAUUAUUGCUCUGCCGGUUGCCAUCCUGUUCAUAGUAGGAGGGUUGGUUAUAAUGUGCGUCUUCCACAGAAAAAGAAAUAGCAGCAGGCUGGGGAAUGGAGUGCUGUAUGCUUUUGUGAACCCGGAGUACUUCAGCACGGCCGAUGUGUAUGUUCCCAACGAGUGAGAGGUUGCCUGGGAGAAGAUCAUGAGCUGCGAGCUGGGGCAGGGCUCCUUCGGGAUGGUAUACGAAGGAGUUGCCAAGGGCAUGGUCAAAGACAAGUCCAAAACCAGGGUGGCCAUUAAAAUGGUGAACGAGGCUGUGAGCAUGUGCGAGAGGAUUGAGUUCCUCAAUGAGGCUUCCGUGAUGAAGGAGUUCAACUGUCACCAUGUGGUGCAGUCGCUGGGUGUGGUGUCCCAGGACCAGCCGAACCUUGUCAUCGUAGAACUGAUGAUGCGGGGGGAUCUCAAAAGUUACCUCAGGUCUCUGAGGCCAGAAAUGGAGAAUAACCCAGCCCUAGCACCUCCAAGCCUGAGCAAGAUGAUCCAGAAAGCUGGAGAGAUUGCAGAUGGCAUGGCAUGCCUCAAUGCCAACAAGUUUGUCCACAGAGACCUCACUGCCCGGAACUGCAUGGUAGCCAAAGAUUUCACAGUCAAAAUUGGAGACUUUGGUAUAACGAGAGACAUCUAUGAGACAGACUAUUACUGCAAAGGAGGAAAAGGGCUGCUGCCCGUGUGCUGGAUGUCCCCUGAGUCCCUCAAGGAUGGAGUCUUCACUCAUUCUGACGUCUGCUGUUCGCUAAGUGGCAAGGAGCCCUUGAGACAGAACACCAGGAGCCUGGACAUUGCCAGAAAACUUCACCUCUCUCUGCUUCUCCCCUGCCUGCCUUCUGUCAUUUGAUCUUUCAUAAUAAGUAGAUAUUAUGUGAAAAAAAAAUUCCUACCAGAAGCACACAACUGUUCCUUUUUCUUCACAUCCUCGUCAGCACUUACUAUU